AUUAUUUUUUAAAUGUUACACAUUAAUAUUACAGACAUUGUUUUCAGGCAUAAGAGCAGACAGCUUGAUACUCGGAGGUCCUGCCAGUUGUAGGCGCUUUUCCAAGCGAGCUGCAAAACACAAAUCGAUUGUUUAUUUUGUGUUUGUUUACAUUUUGCAUGCGAACAAAUGGCUUCGACUUUGCUGUCGCCUAUGGUGGAUUAUUACAACGAUGAAGAAGAACUUGAUAGCGUGGAGGACGAUGAUGACCGGAGUUUCAGGGGAAGAGACUCGGAAGAAGACACGGAAGAUGCCAGUGAAACAGACCUUGCCAAACACGACGAGGAUGACUAUGUCGAAAUCAAAGAGCAAAUGUACCAAGACAAACUGGCCUCUCUGAAAAGACAGUUGCAGCAAUUACAAGAAGGUACAUUGCAGGAGUAUCAGAAAAGGAUGAAAAAGCUGGACCAGCAGUACAAAGAGAGACUCCGAAAUGCAGGUUAGUGACUGUUCUUUGCUUCACCAAACUUGACCAAUUGCAAAAGCUUAUGACUACAAAGAGGACA